AUGACCACCAAACCUACCAUCCUAAUCACCGGCGCCAACCAGGGCAUCGGCUACGCCAUUGCAGAGCACCUCACCACGACCAGCACCAAAUACCACCUCCUGAUCAGCGCGCGCACUCUCCCCAGAGCCAUCUCCGCAGUCUCCGCCCUCCAAGCCACCUCUCUGGACCCAACCUCUCUCACGCCUCUCGCACUCGACGUAACCAACGACGCCAGCAUCGCCGCCGCGGCGCUCGAGAUCUCAAACACCUUCACUUCGCUCUCCAUUCUCAUCAACAACGCCGGCAUCGCCCAGGCCCCCUCUAACUCGGACUCCGACUCCGACUCCCCCCUCCGCACGCAAUACGCCACCAUCUUCAACACCAACGUCUUCAGCCCCGCCUGCCUCAUCGAAACCUUCCUCCCCCUCCUGCGCAAAUCCAACCACCCCGACCGCCGCAUCGUCAACGUCACCAGCGGCCUCGGCCUGACCAGCAUGGCAGGGAAAGACGGGUACGCGUUCAACGCGAAGACGUGGUUUGCGGCCGACUAUCGCAGCAGCAAGGCGGCGCUGAAUAUGUUGACGGCGGCGUAUGCGGCGCGGUUGGCGGACGAGGGGAUCGCCGUGGUGGCUGCGGCGCCGGGGAUGUGUAGGACGCGGUUCACGGGGUGGCAGGGGAGGAAGGAUGCUGGGGAGGGGGCCAGGGUGAUUGUGAGGGCUGCGGUGGAGGGGGUGGGGAGGGAGGUUAGUGGGAGGUAUGUGGCUGAUGAGGUGGGGGAUGGGUGGUAG